GAGUGGUGCAAGAAAGGUUUGGAGUGGUGUUGAUGCAUGAUCAAGACAUUGAAAAGGAUGGUGAAAGACAGGGACUGGAGGAAUUCAAUACUCUCACACACCCAUCGUUUGAAGCUGAUUGUGCAAGCUAGAAAGGCUUUAUUGUGCCUGAUAGUUUUGGCUCUGAAUCACAAGAAGAUAAUAGUUUGUCAGAAAAAUGUUCGGGAUCAACAUUGGCACCGAACAGCUUGGAUGAAAAGUCAUUGGAUAGAAUGCCUACUGCAUCAUUGGAUAACAUCUGUGCAACAAUAGUAGAUUUCAACCAAGGAUGCAAAUGCAGUUAUCGAUGAACUGGAGAAAAUGAUUGAAAACUUCGGGAAAGAAAAGAAGAAUGCAGAGAUUGAGAACAUGAAAAUCCAAGAACAAAAUCAGAAAGUUCUACAAUCUCAAAAGGAAGAAAUUGAAGUACUGAACCGGAAACUUGAAGAUGCAGAAGGCACAAAGAAUGCUUUUGAUGAAAAGGAGAAAGAUUUGAAAUGUUUGGUUCGUGACAAAGACAUAUACAUAUCCACUCUUUCCAAAAAAAGUCCAAAUCCUUGAAAAACAAAAGGUUGCAUUACUUAAAUUGAACAAGGACUUGGAGGAGCAAAUUCAGGAGUAUGAAAUGCAUCAGUUAACACAAACGUAUGGCAUUGAAACUGAGAAAGCAAUCCAUCAAGUCACAUAGAAGGCAACAAUGCAGACAAUAAAAAAACUGCAGAAAGAGAGAGAUAACCUGGAGGAGGAAUUGACAAUUUUAAAAGUUAAUGAAUUCACACAAAAAGCAAUGGCCGAGAAAGGGCUUCAGUCUAAGACAGAAUUUAUGUCUCCGCCGUCAAAUUUAAGAGAGUAAAGGCCAUAAAUGAUAGAAAGAUGAACUUAUCUGAGGACUAUGUCUAUCCACAGUUGAAGAGGAAGAGUCCACAAGAAGAAUAUAUUGAUGUAGAGAACUGUCCAGAAAAUGUCCAAGAGCAAAAGACAAAAAAGAAACUGAAGAACUUGAACCCUGGUGCUGAAACGUCCAAACUUAUUCAUCCAGAAACUUGGGUGACAAUUCAAAAACUUUGGAAGGGAGCAAAUCCUAGUACUGUUGUAUGGCAGUCAACAUACGACAUGCUCUACGUUGAAGUUGGUGACAUAGAAAACUUGCUAUUUGACGAUUCAAUAUCAAACCGGUGUGUAGAUGCGUAUGCGCAUGUCCUCAUGCAACAACACAUUGAAGCACAACCAACAUUUGCAUCGGAAACUCCACAACCAAAAUCAUUCAUCUUCAACAGCUUUUUCUUCGAUGUGAUUCAAAACAAAGAUCGAAAGCAUUUGAAGAAGAUGCUUGAAAGUCAUGCGAAAAGCUUUGUCGGCAAGAUUCCUUCUCUUUUCCAUACUUAUUCGAUGCCAUUGGACGCUGCUUGUGCUUGACAAAGAGAAAGGAAACUGGAAAUUCUACAAUUCUCUCUUGCAAAGAAAUCAAAAUGGAAAAGAUGAAUACUGUAAUGCAACAGCCAUUUUGGUAAGCAAACCUCUUAAUCGAAUAUGCUAAAAUUAGUUCUAAAAACACUAUUAAGCAGUUGUACACUAUUUUCCUUGUUCAUACAGAAAAGUUAUUGUGGCGUACAUCAAUGUUGACACAAGAGAAAUGCACAAAGCAACUAUUCUUGAGACAGUAGAGAUAGAGAAAAAUUCACCCCAACAACCAGUGGGAAGGAAAGUAUUGUUACUAUAUCUGUUGAUUUGCAAAAAAAAAAAAAAACUCAA